UGACAUGGUCCAGGGCAAAGCCGCCAAGAUCCCUCCGGCUUGGCCAGAUGUGUGCGCCCAGGCAGUGAUUGUUUCCUUGGACAAACGCAUGAAGAAGCUUUGCGUGCGAUCCUCCGAUCUCAGUGUAGACGUGUCGAUGCAGUUAGCAGUGCCGCUCACCAGCAUUGCAAGUAUCGCCUUUGGCUGCUGCCACCCUGGUGAGGGCCGGCUCAUGUCCACCGAACUCUCCGUGACCAUCUUCCUGGAUGAAGGUUACGGGCCGUCGAUUGUGCUGGAAUUCCGGGACUUGGAGGAGCGAGACACUUUUGCAAUUUGCCUUUCGAUGUUUGUGGACGGCAGAAAGGUGGAAGUGGACUGCCGAGAGAAGCGUUCACUUUAGCGGGCACAGCAGGUGCCAUGUCGUGAAAAUUCGACAAGCACUUCAGAUCUUUUACAAACAGG